CCGGCGACCCGAUGACGUCACCGCGCACAGACUGUGAUGGCGGAUGUUUCCGAGAUAGACACAAUGAAGCACUACGGCGGUUUCGAAAAAAUCGACAAAGAAAUGUGCCGUUACCCGCACUGCAUCGUCUGGACCCCCAUCCCGGUUCUGACGUGGUUCCUGCCCUUCAUUGGUCACAUGGGCAUCUGCACAUCUACUGGUGUGAUCAGGGAUUUCGCAGGGCCUUAUUUCGUAUCAGAGGACAACAUGGCAUUUGGAAAGCCAACAAAGUACUGGAAGCUGGAUAAGAAUAAAGUGUACGGCGGCGGAGCGAACGCCUGGGAUUUAGCCGUGCAUGAGGCAUCCGAGGAGUACAAAAACAGAAUGCACAAUCUGUGUUGUGAUAACUGUCACUCUCAUGUGGCCAUGGCUCUAAACCUGAUGCGCUACGAGAACAGCUCGUCCUGGAACAUGGUCAACCUCUGCUUACUCAGCUUCAUCCACAGCAAACACGUCAGCUUCGUGGGGUUCCUGAAGACCUGGCUGCCUUUCCUGAUGAUCUUUGGGGUCAUGGUCACCAUCGUCCUGGCGGUCCACCUGCGAUGACCGAGAGAGAUGACAGAAGCUGUAGCACUUGAUAUAUCUGUUAUAUAAUCACGGAUGGGGCUAAAUGACACACGGCAGCAGAAUGAAGAUCUCCGCAUCAUUAUGAACUCUCGUCGAUCUUCAUCAGUUGUUUUAAAGGAUCCUGAAUGUUCUCAGACGGAGAUUGUUUUACAUUAAAAGGAGGCUGUACAUUUUUCUUAAUUCCAGGUUCAUUCCUUUUGACUUUGUAAUGUUUACGUGUUCAUUCAUUUAUAUUACAUGAGCAAAUACAACAUUAUAUCCAUAAA